GACCGUGUGUUUCCAAAAUGGCGGCAGCGAUGGAUGUGGAUACCCCGAGCGGCACCAACAGCGGCGCGGGCAAGAAGCGCUUUGAAGUGAAAAAGUGGAAUGCAGUAGCCCUCUGGGCCUGGGAUAUUGUGGUUGAUAACUGUGCCAUCUGCAGGAACCACAUUAUGGAUCUUUGCAUAGAAUGUCAAGCGAACCAGGCAUCUGCUACUUCUGAGGAGUGCACCGUUGCGUGGGGCGUCUGUAAUCAUGCUUUUCACUUCCACUGCAUCUCUCGCUGGCUCAAAACACGGCAGGUGUGUCCAUUGGACAACAGAGAGUGGGAAUUCCAAAAGUAUGGGCACUAGAAAAAGAGAAUUCUUCCAUCAAGCUCAGCCAUUUUGUUAUUCAUUUAAUUACUUGCCUUCCUGUUAAUUAUAAGUUAGAUAGAACCGUGUCUUUUCUGCUUUGUCUUUUCAGUUUGCUCUUCCUGCAGCCAUAUUGUAUUCUGUGUCAAAUAAAAUCCAGUUGGAUUCUAGAACAGAUGCUGUCCCUUGUGUAUGUGAAAAAAGUGACCAUAGAGGGUCCCUCUUCCUGGGUUGGAAAGCCAGCUUUUGAAAGUGAGAUGUUUGUUCGUUAGAGCCAGGGCAGAGUUGUCCUGCGAGCGACUCGCUUGGUCCCGAGGAAGCUAGUCCACAGCCUGCUUACUGAUGGCAAUCUUGGGCAAGUCGCCUCUCUGCUCCAAGCUUUCCUUCUCUAUAAAGUGGCUUCUAAGGACUAACUGGCAUCAUGUGGGCACAAAAACUGGCUUUGUAAACUGUAAAACCACGAUCCAAAUGUUAACUUUGUGUAUGAGGUUGCUUUCUCUUUGUAGUCUAGAAAAGUAAACUUGAAAAAAUCUAAUGUGUAAUCUUGGCUGGCAAGAGAAUAAUUUAUGAACUUACGUUGAAAAUUGGCGUCACUUAAAAUUGAAUUAACAGAAGAAAUUCAAGUUUCCUUCACCACCACCACCAUUUGCAAUUUGUUUAAAAUGACUUGGCCCUUGAAGGAACUGCCGGUUCUAAUACUAAUUCAGUGGCUAUAUAGAGUCUUUAACUGUGAAGCAGUAUAGUCUACUGCAGUGGUUCUCAAAGUACGGUCUGAGGGUGCCUGAAACCCUUUCAGGAGGGGAAGUUCAUGAAGUUUCUUUUCCAAUGGCAUGUGUGUAUGAGGCCAGCUUUUUAAAAUAUACUUCAACCACAGCAACGUAUUGAAUGAAGAAGCAGACAUGAGAAUCUAGCUGUCUUCUAUUAAGUCAGAUAUAAAAGAUUUGCAAAAAUGUAGAACAAUGCCACUCUUCUAAUAAUUUUUUUGUUUUGAAAAAUAGUUACUUUUAAUAAAAAUAUUUAUGUUAACAUGUGA